AUGUGAAUGCCCAGCUAGAGAAGGAAGUGCCCAUCUUCACAAAGCAGCGCAUUGACUUUACCCCUUCUGAGCGUAUCACCAGUCUUGUUGUCUCCUGCAAUCAGCUCUGCAUGAGCCUGGGCAAGGAUACGCUGCUCCGGUGAAACUACAGUAGAUUUGGAAUUUUCAGGAAACAUCCAUUACCAAAGAACUAAUGUAGUAUAGUAGUUAAAAUCAGGUAGAUCUGGAUCAGAGCUCAGCUCUCCUAUGUACCAGCCAGGGAAUGUUGAACAAGUCACCCAGUCUCUCUAACUGUGUCCCGUCAUCUGUUAAAGAUAGUUCUAACCCACAAGUUAGUCACAUUGAUCAGGGGAACCGUCUAGAGUCCUGAAGUAAAUCCACUGUAAAUGGAAAUAAUAUAUCUCAAUAAAAUUAGAAAUAAACACAUACAUACAUACAUAAGUGGGAAUACUAUAUAACAAGGGUGUCAGAAAAAAAUGCUUAUCUAGAAUAACCAUCUGGAAUAAAACAGCUAAGGCUCUGUAUCACAAAAAUAAAUUCUAGGUGGGAUAAUUAUUUAAAUAUGAAAAACAAACUGAAUAUCAAAAGAAUAUUUAAUAAAUGUCUGUGUUCUUGGGCAGAAGGAAGACCUUCUUACUCAAGCUAGAAAGGACAGGUAUAUUUGACUACAUAGUAAUGACAAAAUAAAAACAAAAAAGCCUUUGAGGGGUGCUUGGCUGGCUCAGUUGGUAGAGCAUGUGACUCUCGAUCCUGUAAUCGUGAGUUUGAGCCCCACAUUGGGUGUGGGGAUUACUCAAAAUAAUAAUAAAGAAAAAAAGCAUUUGAAUCUGGUCAUGACCAAAGAUGGUGGGAAAAUGAUGUGUUUCCACAUAUGACUAAGGAUUUACAUCCCUAUUCUUUAAAAAGCCCUUACAAAUUAAUAAGAAAAAGACACUUAAGUAGAAAGGGGAGGGCAAAGAAUAUAAACAAGCAGUUUACAGAAGAGGAACUCUACAUUGCCAGUAAACAUCUAAAAAUAUUUUCAACCUUUGGGAAAUAAAGCAUUGACUUGGGCAAGGCCAACGAACCCAACCAUGUGGAGCUGGGACGCAAGGAUGAUGCCAGAGUUCACAAGAUGUUUCUGGACCACACUGGCUGUCACCUGCUGAUUGCUCUGAGCAGCACUGAGGUCCUCUAUGUGAACCGUAAUGGACAGAAGGUACGGCCACUGGCACGCUGGAAAGGACAGCUGGUGGAGAGUGUGGGCUGGAACAAGGCACUGGGCACCGAGAGCAGCACAGGCCCCAUCCUGGUCGGCACUGCCCAAGGCCAGAUCUUCGAAGCAGAGCUCUCAGCCAGCGAGGGUGGACUUUUCGGCCCUGCCCCAGAUCUUUACUUCCGUCCAUUGUACGUACUAAAUGAAGAAGGGGGUCCAGCGCCUGUAUGCUCCCUUGAGGCUGAGCGGGGUCCCGAUGGGCGCGGCUUUGUUAUCGCCACAACUCGGCAGCGCCUCUUCCAGUUCAUAGGUCGAGCAGCAGAGGGGACUGAGGCCCAGGGCUUCUCAGGGCUCUUCGCUGCCUACGCUGACCACCCACCCCCAUUCCGUGAGUUCCCCAGCAGUCUGGGCUACAGUGAGUUGGCGUUCUAUACCCCCAAGUUGCGCUCUGCACCUCGGGCCUUCGCCUGGAUGAUGGGGGAUGGCGUGUUGUAUGGAGCAUUGGACUGUGGGCGCCCCGAUUCCCUGCUGAGUGAGGAGCGAGUCUGGGAGUACCCAGAGGGGGUAGGUCCUGGGGCCAGCCCACCUCUGGCUGUCGUCUUGACCCAGUUCCACUUCCUGCUGCUGUUGGCGGACCGGGUGGAGGCAGUGUGCACGCUGACAGGGCAGGUGGUGCUGCGGGAUCACUUCCUGGAGAAGUUUGGGCCGCUGAAGCACAUGGUGAAGGACUCCUCCACGGGCCACCUGUGGGCCUACACUGAGCGGGCCGUCUUCCGCUACCAUGUGCAGCGGGAGGCCCGGGAUGUGUGGCGCACCUACCUGGACAUGAACCGCUUUGACCUGGCCAAAGAGUAUUGUCGAGAGCGGCCUGACUGCCUGGACACAGUCCUGGCCCGGGAAGCUGAUUACUGCUUUCGCCAGCGUCGUUACCUGGAGAGUGCCCGCUGCUACGCCCUGACCCAGAGCUACUUUGAGGAGAUUGCCCUCAAGUUCUUGGAGGCCCGACAGGAGGAGGCUCUGGCCGAGUUCCUGCAGCGAAAAUUGGCCAGUUUGAAGCCAGCCGAGCGUACGCAGGCCACACUGCUUACCACCUGGCUGACGGAGCUUUACUUGAGCCGGCUCGGGGCUCUGCAGGGUGAUCCUGAGGCCCUGAACUUCUACCGGGAAACACGGGAGCGCUUCCGGGCCUUCCUCAGCAGCCCCCGCCACAAGGAGUGGCUCUUUGCCAGCCGGGCCUCCAUCCAUGAACUGCUUGCCAGCCAUGGAGACACAGAACACAUGGUGUACUUUGCCGUGAUCAUGCAGGACUAUGAGCGAGUGGUGGCAUACCACUGCCAGCACGAGGCCUACGAGGAAGCCCUGGCCGUGCUUGCUCGCCACCGUGACCCUCAGCUUUUCUAUAAGUUCUCACCGAUCCUCAUUCGCCACAUCCCCCGCCAGCUGGUGGAUGCUUGGAUUGAGCUGGGCAGCCGGCUAGAUGCCCGGCAGCUCAUUCCUGCCCUGGUGAAUUAUAGCCAGGGUGGCGAGGCCCAGCAGGUGAGCCAGGCCAUCCGCUACAUGGAGUUCUGCGUGAAUGAGCUGGGCGAGACUGAGCAGGCCAUUCAUAACUACCUGCUGUCGCUGUAUGCCCGAGGCCAGCCCGCCUCACUGCUGGCCUACCUCGAGCAGGCCGGGGCCAGCCCGCACCGUGUGCAUUAUGACCUCAAGUAUGCGCUGCGGCUCUGUGCUGAGCACGGCCACCACCGUGCUUGCGUCCAUGUCUACAAGGUCCUAGAACUGUAUGAGGAGGCUGUGGACCUGGCCCUGCAGGUGGAUGUGGACCUAGCCAAACAGUGUGCUGACUUGCCUGAGGAAGACGAGGAACUGCGCAAGAAACUGUGGCUGAAGAUUGCACGACACGUAGUGCAGGAGGAGGAAGAUGUGCAGACGGCCAUGGCCUGCCUGGCCAGCUGCCCCUUGCUCAAGAUUGAGGACGUGCUGCCCUUCUUUCCUGACUUCGUCACCAUCGACCACUUCAAGGAGGCGAUCUGCAGCUCGCUCAAGGCCUACAACCACCACAUCCAGGAGCUGCAGCGGGAGAUGGAAGAGGCCACAGCCAGCGCCCAGCGCAUCCGGCGAGAUCUGCAGGAGCUGCGGGGCCGCUACGGCACAGUGGAGCCCCAGGACAAAUGCGCUACCUGCGACUUCCCCCUGCUCAACCGCCCUUUUUACCUUUUCCUCUGUGGCCACAUGUUCCACGCUGACUGCCUGCUGCAGGCCGUGCGGCCUGGCCUGCCGGCCUACAAGCAGGCCCGGCUCGAGGAGCUGCAGCGAAAGUUGGGGGCUGCUCCAGCCCCUACCAAGGGCUCUGCCCGCGCAAAGGAGGCCGAGGGUGGGGCUGCCGCUGGGGGACCCAGUCGGGAACAGCUCAAGGCUGACCUAGAUGAACUGGUGGCCGCUGAGUGUGUGUACUGUGGGGAGCUGAUGAUCCGCUCUAUUGACCGGCCCUUCAUCGACCCCCAGCGCUAUGAGGAGGAGCACCUCAGUUGGCUGUAGGAGGAUGUUGUGCUGGGUGGGCAGGCCGUCGGGGGCACGUGCCCCUUCUUGGGAAGGCUACACCCUGGUCUGCGCUCCGUCAUCUGGAGACUCGCCCCAUUGUUGGGAAGAGUGGAAUUAUAGCUGUCACCGAGAGGUAUCAUCUGCCGCUAUCCAGUUCUUCAGAGUGGCCUUAGGGCCACUGUUAUGCCAGGCCAUCUGCCUGCCUCCCAACAGGGGGCCUUAGCCUGGAGAAGUCAGAAUUCUGACCCCAUCACCCUCUCCCCUCUAACGGUCCUGUUUUCCUUUUUACUCCCCCCAGACAUCCUGUUCACCUUCUAGAGCGAGAGUACCAUCCUCCCUUUUCACUGCGUGGCUCUUCCCCUUCAGAGGAAGGCCUCUCCUGUGUCUGCCCCUAGGUCCCAGAGAGAAAAGGCAGCCCCUCCAAGUCCUGGGCAUGGAGGGUGGGGAAAGGUGGUGCUGGUGGUGGGCGUGUCUUGUGUACACUUUCUAGGGCUCUGGUGUGUGGGCGUGCCCUGGGGGACAGGGCCUCAUGGAGGACAGUGGGAGAUGAUGAUGGAGUGGGGAACAUUAAACUGCCUGCGCUGCGCUGGUGGUCCUGGA